UCUAAUCACAACACUAACACAAUCAAAUAAAAUCAAAUUUUGAUUGUGAAACACAGUAGAGGUGGUAAAAUGGCGGCUGAUAAGGAAAGAGGAGUAGAAUGGAGGAUCAACGUGGCGGAUGGGACGUCGAGAGUUCUAGAAGCGGAGAGCAGGUUCGGGUUGCAGAGGUUCGUGUCCAAGGUGGGCGGUUUCUUUCAGAGAGCAUGGAGGAUAGGAGUAAACGAGCCAAAGAAAUCGAUACAUUGUGUUAAGGUGGGUGUAGCGCUCUCUCUGGUUUCGCUAUUCUAUUACAUGAGGCCCUUGUAUGAGGGAGUUGGCGGAAACGCUAUGUGGGCUGUCAUGACGGUUGUCGUCGUCUUUGAGUACACCGUUGGUACUUUCUCUUCUUCAUCAUCAUCGUAUUUCAUUUCAAUCGCCAUGCAUUUAUACGUAUGUAUCGAUAUAUAUGCAGGGGCGACGCUUAGUAAAUGUGUGAAUAGAGCAACCGGGACUUUGUUGGCAGGAGCAUUGGGAGUUGGUGUUCAUUGGGUUGCUAGCCAAGCCGGAGAGAGGUUUGAGCCCAUAAUUCUUCAAACCUCAGUUUUUCUUUUAGCUACUGCAGCGACGUUCUCGCGUUUCAUUCCAUCUAUAAAGGCUCGAUUCGACUACGGGGCUAUGAUCUUCAUCCUGACCUUCAGCCUCAUAUCAGUUUCUGGCUACCGUGUGGAGAAGCUCUUCGAGAUGGCUCAUCACAGAGUCUCCACCAUUGCCAUAGGCACCUCCAUCUGCAUCAUCACAACCAUUGUUUUCUUCCCUGUUUGGGCAGGAACUGAGCUCCAUAACCUUAUCACCAACAACAUGGACAAGCUAUCUGAUUCCUUAGAUGGAUGUGUGGCUGACUAUUUCAGUAGUAACAGUCAAACUUCAGACAAAACAUUGCAAGGAUACAAAUGCGCCCUUAAUUCCAAGGCCACUGAAGAAUCCUUGGCAAAUUUCGCAAGAUGGGAGCCGGCACAUGGCAAGUUCAAUUUCGGACAUCCAUGGUUAGAGUAUGUCAAGGUUGGAGCUUCACUCAGAAGCUGUGCUUACUGCAUCGAGGCGCUUAAUGGAAGCAUGAAUUCGAAGGCUAAGGUUCCUGAUGUAUUCAAGAAGCAUUUCGGAAACUUUUGUGUGAGACUGAGCAAUAAAUCCUCUGCUGUGUUGAAAGAACUUGCUGUUGUGAUGAGCACCAUGAAGAAACCAACAAAGAUAGAUUUCAUGGUGGAGGAGAUGAAGAGUGCAGUUCAAGAGCUCGAGAACGCCCUGAAAUCAUUGUCGAAACAGCCCAUCCAGACAGCUGAGGCCAAGGCCGGAGAGGUUGUCACCCUGGUAGAAGUAGUUCCGUUAGUGACAGUUUCGUCAUUGCUGAUAGAGAUUGCGGCCAGAACAGAAAAACUUGCGGGGGCGGUGAAUGUGGUGGCGGAGAAGGCUGAAUUCGAGGUUGAAACUGCUGAGGAAGCGAAGAAAGGACAGAAGUCGAAAGGAGGGAACAAGAUUGGUCAAGAAGAUGAAGAAGACAAGGCGAUGAAGACCCUUCAGAAGGUCUGAGUUUGUGAGAAAAGAACCAAAUUAUGCUUUUUCUUUAGUAAGUUGGUUUCUUAUAGGAGAUGACCAUGUAUAGCAAAGGAAAAUUGUUGUGAAUCACUGUGUUACACAAUUUCUUCAACAAAAUUUGGGUA